UUCGCUUAGCUCUUGGCAUUCGAAAGUACUAUGGCACGUACCAAGCAGACAGCCCGUAAAUCUACCGGAGGUAAAGCUCCGAGGAAGCAGUUGGCGACAAAGGCAGCUCGUAAGAGUGCGCCUGCUACUGGUGGAGUAAAGAAACCCCAUCGUUAUAGGCCAGGAACGGUAGCUCUUCGAGAAAUCCGUCGUUAUCAAAAAAGCACAGAAUUGCUAAUCCGUAAGCUACCGUUCCAGCGCUUGGUUCGUGAAAUUGCUCAAGAUUUUAAGACCGAUUUACGAUUCCAAAGUUCUGCAGUUAUGGCUCUGCAAGAAGCCAGUGAAGCUUAUCUCGUUGGUUUGUUUGAAGAUACCAAUUUGUGCGCCAUUCAUGCAAAGCGAGUUACCAUCAUGCCAAAAGACAUCCAGUUGGCUCGUCGCAUUCGUGGAGAACGCGCUUAAAUUAAAAUACUAUACAAAAUGGCCCUUUUCAGGGCCCCAAAUACUUCUUCCUAAGAACAUCUUGAGAGCAAUUUAGUUUCCGGUACGGAAAGUGAAAAGUAAGUUCUACAAAAUACUUUAAACUUCAAUCUAUGCAUUCAACCCAAUAUAAUUUAAAUUAAAACGCCCACAUUCGGUUAUGUUCACUUUCAUUAAUAGUAAUUAAGUUGAUAUCUCUAUUUACAAAUUAGGAUAAUCGUAACACUUUGUGCUAUCAAUUCUUAAAAAUGUUAGGGAACUGCAACACAUUUGUUGAAUUAAAGGUUAGAAAGCUAAUGUGUUUGAAAUGUCCUUGUUUUCACGAUUAAACGUUAAAUUUUUUAAUUAAACUCAAUGUAUAUACCUAAUAAGUUAAUCUGUCAUAUCGAAGUAAGAUAACGUUCAAUCAAUAGUUUAUAUAUAAUGUUUCACGCAUGCUUUUACAGAACGACUUAAAAUACAGUAAGAGUAAUUCAUAAACUUAAAUUUUCUAUAAAUAUACGAAUUGGACUCUGUCUUAAACUCGAAUCUUCCCUUACGUAUUUAGUUUCUGUUACUUGGAAAAUGUUUUCUAUUCAAGGAAAUCGUCAUGAUGAACUAUCAGUAUCAACAAUUUAUGAGGGUUUUGAGGUUAUUUUUUUAAAUUUAAAAGACUUCGGGAAAUAAGUUUUGAAACCAAAAUCUUUAAGCCUGCUAUUUAUAUGGAUUAACUUAAUUGCUUGAACGACGUAAUUCGAGAGUCCUGUCAUUAAGAGCGUAAAGAGAGGUAAAGGAGGAAAGUACAAUGCUCAUUCCAGAUAGGAUUUAAAAAAUUGUAUAAAAGAUUAAGAUUGUACAUAGCUAAGCCCAGAACAAACUUUCUAUAACAAAGAAUGGAUUAUGUUUGCGGAAAGGAUUUCAUGGGGUGCAAGUACUCCGCACCAAUCACGUGGCGCUAUACGAGUGACUCUGGUUUCCUGGCACGCCAUUGGUGCGCUCAAUAUUUCCACAGCCUGUUUAUGAUGGGUCGACUUAAUGCGUCGUCGCGUAAUUAAACGCGGUAAUUAGAUUAGCCAAGUCUCAAAUAAAUAACAGCUUACUCUUUUAUUGAACGGGUAAUAAUUGUAAAAAAUCUUACACUAAAUUGAUGAAUGAUAUUUCUUCUGAAUACUCAUUUACAACUACGUGCGAACAAUUUUGUUCGCUUCUUUCUUUACACCUUAGCAAUUCGUAUUUACUGUAAAAACCCCUGUAUAUUUAAGAAAUUAUUUCAGGACGCCAGAAUUGUAUUCAAGAAUAACAUAUCAAGUGAUAUGUUAACGAGAACUUUUGAAAGAGUCCAAUAUUUGACUAAUCUUGUAAUAAAAGGAAUAAAUGAAUAAUUUACUUUGUGGUCAUUUUAACAUCCAAAUGCUCGAUUAUCAAAUGGUGUGCUAAGGAUGUGUACCUCUGAUAUUGUAUGAGAUAGAUGCAGUGAUACCUUUACGUUUUACGAAAAACACGUUAAGAUAUAACUGCGAAUUAAUAAUAGCUGACGAUAUAUUUUUCAAUUUGCAAAUGAUAGUCAGAAUAUGAAAAAUUUGACCGAAAAAAUUAAUAUGAGAAUACAAAAAAUGUGGUUGUGCGAGAAAUCUGUAUUGUAAAAGAAAUACAAAAUUACUAAUGACUAAAGUAUGUACAAAGAAAUAAUUAACAGUAAUAUUUGGUUCGA